UUUGAUAUCCUGCGCCGCACAGUCGAGGCCUACCUAUCGGAGAGGGCAAUAAUCUACCCGGGUGCUCACACAUGGGGUCGGCGAGAGGUAUCGACCGGUGUUCCACAGGGAUCGGUCCUGGGACCGCUCCUGUGGAACAUCGGGUAUGACUGGGUACUUCGUGGUGCUCUUCUGCACGGCGUUGUAGUUACGUGCUAUGCGGACGAUACACUGGUAUUGGCACGCGGGAAGAGUUACCGUGACGCUGCGCUACUGGCGACGGCAGGUGUUGCGCAAGUCGUGUCAAGGAUCCGGCGUCUGGGGCUGGAGGUGGCCCUUAAUAAAUCUGAGGCCAUUUGCUUCCAUAGGGCUCGGCGGGGUCCACCGGCAGGUUCACACAUUGUGGUUGGAGGGGUUCGUAUCGCAGUCAAUUCGACAAUGAAAUAUCUUGGUCUGGUCCUUGACAGUCGUUGGAAUUUCGGACCCCACCUCCGACAACUGGUUCUCAAAUUGAGGGGAGCAGCAGCGGCGCUUUCGCGGUUGCUUCCCAAUUUGGGUAAUCCUAAUACAUCUUGCCGGUGGCUAUACAUGGGGAUCGUGCGGUCAAUGGCCCUCUACGGAUCACCAGUUUGGGCGGAUGGACUGACGGCGCCCAAUAUCGCUUUACUGCGAAGUUCGCAGCGCGCGAUGGCCAUCAGAGUCAUAAGGGGUUACCGCACGAUCUCCUUCGAGGCUGCAAGCCUCUUAGCUGGAUCUCCACCCUGGGACUUGGAAGCAAAGGCUCUCGCAUCACUAUAUAGGUGGCGCGGGGAGCUGGCUGCCCGGGGCGAGCGAUAUCCACCUCGAGUUCUUGAGGCACGAAGGACUGAACUCCGUUGUGACACAAUAACGGAGUGGAAAACACGACUUGCGCAACCUAGUGCAGGGCACGCCAUUAUAGCGGCAGUAAGUCCCGUCAUGGAGGCGUGGAUCGGCAGAGGGCAUGGUGUCCUAACCUUCCGGUUAACACAGGUACUUUCCGGACAUGGCUGCUUUGGAAAGUACUUGUGUCGCAUAGGCAGGGAGCAGACAUCGGUGUGUCAUCACUGCGAUGGUGGUUUGGAGGAUACGGCGCGGCAUACGCUCGAAGAAUGUUCUGCAUGGGCAGAGCCGCGCCGUGAACUCAUUGCAGUCCUCGGCGGGACAGACCUCUCAAUGUCGACUGUUAUACAAGCUAUGGUCGACAGUGAGAGUGCAUGGGACGGAGUCGCUUCCUUCUGUGAACAAGUCAUGUUGGCAAAGGAAGCGGCUGAAAGGAGAGGGAAUCAAGAUCUUUUCCCUCCCGCCGUAGACGCGCCAAUCGUCAGCGCCGUGAGGCGGCAGCCGAUCUACGACCUCCAUAGGAGAGGCCUGCGGGCGACUGACUAG